UAAUUACUGUAAUUUAUGAAAGUUUAUAACUAUAGAAUUUGUUGCUAGAGUUUUGCUAUGUGCAGUUUACGUCGAUAUUCUUAAACGAGAAGAAUGUUAUGUGAUCUUUCGAUACUGAAUUAAUAAUUUGUGUCAAAUUUGGUUGGUAAUGUUUUGCAUAUUUCGGACCUGAACUGUUUUCAUUCUGCUGAAGAAUUUGGGAUUAUACUUUGACCAUCCUACACAUGGCAUCAUCUGUGGUGAGUUCGGGGGCCUUGGUUGUAUUGGAAGAGCUGAAUUCGUCUUCUCCACAAUUUCAAAAUGGGGCAUCACUUCGCGUUACUGGAAAGCUAUUGGAUUAUACUGUGGAGACUGCUGUGGCAGUUAUUGCUGAUGGAAAUGCAACACUGAAGAUUGACACAAAGCAUUUGAAGAUAAAUUAUCGAGUGGGUUCCAUCUACCAGUUUAUCGGAGAACUAUUCUUUGAAUCAGAGAAUCAGCCGAUACUGAAGGCACGAGUUGGCAGGAAUGUUGAUGGCAUGGACCUCAAUCUUUAUCGUCAGUCCCUCCGGCUCUUGAAAGAGUUUCAGGCUGAACAAACUCAUAAUUACAGAUUUAACUGACAGCUCCCAACUUUUGAGUCUUGAGUUGUUUUUAUUCCUUUUACUCUUGUACAAAGAUGAUAAUAGGUGCUUGCAUUUGACACCUGAGGAGUGAGGGGCUAAGUGGCCGAGGAUGUGUGAUUGAGGCCAUUGAGCUAACUUGGUAGAAUUAGCUAAAGCUAUGUAGGGGUGUUCAAAUUUGGCCGAAAGGCCAAUUAAAUGCUCGUUUUGUUCUGGUGUUCUCGUCCAAUGAUAAUGAUGAUCCUUCAAUUUCUUAAGAACGCCGUUCAUUAUGUCGUCCAUGACUUUUGUCCAAAAUCCACAUUGUACGCCAUAUUGUUGCGCCCUGUGAACUGCUGCAUGAAAUGCUAAGAAUUCUGGUAAACCUUUUUCUUGGCCUUAGUAUAUAAAAUUGCAGAAAACCUUUUCAUCUGUUCUAAUUCUCAUAAGGAUUACUUUUUUUUUUUUUUUUUUUUUUUUUGAGAAAAAGAUUGCUUCUAUUC